AUAUUUGAAGUAGGCUAUUUGUUAUCUAUCUUAUUAAUAGUAACUAUAUGCUUUAAUGAACCAAUCAAAUUACAGAAAAUUCAAAUUCAAACGAAAGUUGAAAGAGUCAAUUUUUCAAAUGGCGGCUUCACUAUUUUAUAAAAAUGUCAGACAGUAUUAAAGUUGCCAUUAAAGUGAGACCUUUGAUUAAACGUGAAAAGGAUGAUAAUUUAUCAAUACAAUGGAUAGUUCAAGAAAAUUCUAUUGUUUCUACAGAUUUAGAAAUGAAAAAGCGAGGAGAUGGAAGAUUUAUUUUUGAUCAUAUUUUUGAUGUAAAUGCAUCUAAUUCAGAUGUAUUUAAUGUUGUUGUAAAACCUAUUGUUAAUGCUGCUGUAAAUGGCUUUAAUGGUACAGUAUUUGCAUAUGGUCAAACAAGUUCUGGUAAAACAUACACUAUGAUGGGUGGUACAGAAGAAUUAGGAAUUAUACCACUUGCUAUACAAUAUAUGUUUGAUACUAUUGCUAAUACUAUGGGACGUGAAUUUUUAUUAAGAGUAUCUUAUUUAGAAAUUUAUAAUGAAAGAGUUAAUGAUCUUUUGAAUAAAAAUGGGACUGAUUUGAAGUUAAAAGAAGAUGGCAAUGGGCAAGUAAUUUUGCUAUGUAAAGAAGAAAUCACCAAUAGUCCUGAAAAUGUAUUGUCCAUUAUGAAAAAAGGGAAUAAAAAUAGAAGAACAGGAGAAACUAAUAUGAAUGAACGUAGUAGUAGAAGUCAUACUAUAUUUAGAAUUACAAUUGAAAGUAGAGAGGCUGGAGGAGAUUCAGAUAGUGCUAUACAAGUAUCACAAUUGAACUUAAUAGAUCUUGCUGGUUCUGAAAGAGCAAGACAAACAGGAGCUACUGGAGAAAGAUUCAAAGAAGGAAGACAUAUUAAUUUAUCUCUAUCAACAUUAGGUUUAGUAAUCAAACAAUUAAGUGAAUCUCAGGAUAAUCAAAAACAUGUUAAUUUUCGUGAUAGUAAAUUAACAAGAUUACUUCAGAAUUCACUAGGUGGCAAUGCUAUGACAGCAAUAAUAUGUGCAGUGACUCCUGUUGCUUUAGAGGAGACUCAGUGUACUUUAUCUUUCGCAUAUCGGGCAAAAAGUGUAAAGAAUAAACCACAAAUUAAUGAAGUUAUGUCUGAUGGAGCACUUUUGAAACGUUACGCAAAGCAAUUGGCUAAACUUCAACAAGAAUUAGAGAAAAUAAAAAAUGAAAAUCGAUCUGAAGAAGUUAAAGAAAUGGAAUCUAAAUUACAAGAAAAAGAUCGUAUUAAUCAAUUAUUAGAAGAACGUAUAGAAUUAUUAAAAACUCGUAUUGUUUCUGGAGAUAAUACAAAUCAAAAAGAUUCUUUAAAAUACGAAUUUAAAAGAAGACAAACAUGGGGAGGUCCUGGAAUGUUUAAUCAUCAUUUAGCAGUUUUUCAAUCUAAAACUGGUUUACCAACUAUAAAAGAAAUAUCUGAAAUACCAAAUAGGAAAAGUAUAAUUCAAUCUAUGGAUAUAAUGAAUCAAACAUUUCAAACUGCUUUUACUGAUUUUGAGUUAGAAUUAUUUGAAACUGAAAGAGAACGUGAAUCUAGAGAAAAUAUAAGUGAUAGUGACGAAGAAUCAUUUGUAAUAAAACAUAAAAACCGAGUUACUUUUAGAGAUGAUGUUGUAAAUAUAAAACCUAAAAACAAUAGUUUUGAUGUAACACCAGAAAAAUCUAAUAGUUAUACUCAAACUGUAAGUUGUCAGAUUUCUCCUUCUACGCCAAAACAUGUUUUACGACGAUAUAUCACAGAUUUAACAAAAGAAUUUGUAGAACUUCGUGAAUUUACAACUCUAGAAAGGCAAUUAAUAUGCCAAUGCCAUACACAAGAUUUACAAACAGAAAUAAAACAACCAGAACAAAUAAAAUCAACUCUGAAAUAUUAUAAACCAGAAUAUAAUUCAGAAGUGAAAGAACAACUUAUGACUCUUAACCUUGCAGAAGAAACAAAUUCAGAAUAUAUAAUUUCUGAAUUAUGUAUUAAACUGAAUCAAAUUCAAAAACAAAAUAUUUCUGAAAAAAAAUUAUUAGAAAAAAAAAUUAAGGACAUUACUUCUGAAAAAAAUGAAUUUGAAUAUAUUAGUCGUGAAUUACGUGCAGAAUUGAAGAACAAAACAGUAGAAUUGGAUUUGAAAAUUAUGUCCGAAGAAAAUAUAAGACAAGAGGAAACAUCGAAAAUAUCAGAUUUAGAAAAAAAAAUUGAGGAUAUUAUUUCAGAAAAAAAUAAACUGGAAUGCAUUAAUAUUAAUUUACAUAAUGAUUCAACAAAAAAAAUUACAGAAUUACAAAAGCAACUUGAAAAUAUUACUUCAGAAAAAAAUGAAUUUGAGCAAAUGCGUCGAGAAUUACAUAUAGAAUUAAAUAAAAAAUCUAUAGAAUUAGAGAAAAUGAAAAAUAAUUCAGAAAAUAUUGAAACAAUAAGUAACAGAAUAAUAGAGUUAGAGACAAUAAUUGAAAAUAUUACAACUGAAAAAAAUAAAUUUAAAUGUAUAAAUGAUGACUUACAUGCUGAAUUAAAUCGAAUUUCGGCAGAAUUCGCAUUACAAAUUGCUUCAGAACAAACAGAAAAACAAAAAGUAAUCGAAAAAGUAUCUGAAUUAGAAAAACAUAUUGAAGAAAUUAUUUCAAACAAAAAUGAAAACUUUAGUAUUGAAUUAAAAAAUGAAUUAGAUAAAAAAAUUAUAGAUUUGGAAUCAAAAAUUGAAUCCGAGCAAACUUUAAAUCAAGAAGCAGUGGAAAAAAUUUCUAAAUUAGAAAAAAAAAUCGAAAAUAUUAUUUCUGAAAAAAAUGAAUUAGAACUUAUAAAUACUGAAUUUAGUAAGAAUGCUACAGAAUUAAAAUCUAUGAUUACAUCGCAACAGACUGUUUAUCAAAAAGCAAAUGAUAAAAUUUCUGAAUUGGAAGAAAAAUUAGAAAACACAAUAUCAGAGAAAAAUGAAUUUCAGCGUAUUAACAUUGAACUACAUGCUGAAUUAGAUAAAAAAUGUUCUGAAUUUGAAUUAAUAAUAAUGUCAAAGGAAAAUGAAAAUCUUAUAGCAAUGGAAAUUGAGAAACAGAUUAUGGAUACAGCAUUUGAAAAAAAUGAACUCGAACGAAUCAAUAAUGAAUUAAGCAUUGAAUUAGAACAAAAAAAUUUUGAACUAAAAGAGAAAACAGAAGAAACUAAAAAUUUGAAAAUUAUGGAAAAGAUUUUUGAAUUAGAAACACAAAUUGAUAAUUUAACGUCUGAAAAAGAAGAAUAUAAGCGUAUUAAUAUUGAAUUACGUGCUGAAUUGAAUGCAAAGAUUUCUGAAUUGAAUUUACAUGUAAUAUCAAAUGAAAUUGAUAAUCAAACUGAUGUAAAGAUGACUUCUGAAGAAAUUGAACUAAAAUGUGUCAAUGAUGAAUUAUAUACAAAAUUGAAUCAAACAACUAAUGACUUAAAGACUAAAUAUAUAGUAAAAGAAACUGAAUAUCAAAAUACAAGUAUGAAAUUUGAAAAGAAUGAACAGUGCUAUAUUAAUAAAGAUUUAUGCAUUAAAUUGGCUAAAAAAAUUUCUGCUUUAAAGACAAAAGUUAUAACAGAAAAAAUUGAAAAUCAGAAAAUAAAAGAAAUAAUUGACGAAUUAGAAAUAGAAAUUGAAAAUAUAAUAUCCAAAAAUGAUGAAAUUGAACAUAUUAUUACUCAAUUAUAUUUUGAUUUAAGUAAAAAAACUUUUACAUUAGAAUCAGAGCAAAUCAAAAAUCAAAAAACAACAAGAAAAAUUUCUGAAUUAAAUAAGCAAAUUGAAUGUAUUAUGUCAGAACAAAAUGAAAAUCUUAAUCAUUUAAAUGUAGAACUUGAAGAAAAAUCUUCUGAACUAGAAUCGAGAAUUAUGUUAAAACAAAUUACAUGUAAAGAAGAUAUGAAAGCAAUUUCUGAAUUAGAAAAACAAAUAGAAAAUACUAAUUUAAAAAAUAGUGAACUUGAAAAUGUUAUUGAAUUACAUUAUACAGAAAAUAAAGAAGUUUUACAAGAUAUUCAAACUACGAAUCAAGAUUUAAAAGAUCAACUAAAAAAUGAAUCUAGCCUAUCUUUCUUAACAAUGAAUGAAACUAAUACAGAUAAUUUACAUUUAACCCUAAAUUUAGAAGCAGAGAAAAGCUAUUUAGAAGAAACUCUUCAACUAAAAAGUCAAGAGUUGGAAGAUAUCAAAAAUGAUGUUCAAAGCCUUAAAACAGAUAUAAAGAAUUUGCAAGAAACCAUUUAUUUAUUAACAACUGAAAAUAUGGAAAUGACUACUAAAUUAACUAUAGAACAAGAGAAUGCGAAACAAACAGAAAUUAAUCUUCAGAAAACAAUUGAUGAACUUUAUGCGCGCAUUUCUCAAGUUACAAAUGAAAAAAUUACUUUACAAAGUGAUUUAGCGGCCUUGAAUGAUCAAUUAGAAUCUAUGUAUUCUAAAAUACCAACAGUAUAUAAUGAAAAAGAAUUAUUUGAAUCAUAUCAAAAUAAAAUUGAUAAAUUAACAACAGAAAACAUUGAAUUAUCAGCUUCUAUUGCAGAAAAAAAUAUAGAGCUUGAAAAUAUCAAAGAAAGUAAAUCACUUUUAUAUGAUCAUGAUUGCAUUUAUAAAAAAGAAGUAGUUACUCUUAAAGAACAAAAUGAGUGUUUGCAAAUGGAGAAUAAUGAACUUUCUACAGAAUUAAUAGACAAGAUUGAAGAAAAUGAUAUGUUAAAGGAACAAUGCGAUAUAUUAAAAAUCAAAAUAGAACAAUCAUUAGUACUAAAUGAAAAUGUUGCUGAAAAUGACAUAGAACAUUUAAAGACGGAAAAUAAUAAUUUAAAACUAGAAAUUGCAGAAUUAAAAACAAAAGUAAUAAUAUUAUCUGAAGAAAAUGAAAAAUUCUCCACUAGCUUAUUAGAAAGUAUAGAUAAUCUUGAUUCUGUUCAAAAUGAAAAAUCAUGUAAUAAUUCUUUGCAUUUAUCAAAGAUAUUUAAUGAUAGUACGGAUAUUAAUGAAAUUGAACAAGAAAUAUUAGAAACUGACGAAAAAUUAGAAAAUAAAGUGAUAACAUUGCAAAACAAAAUCGAUCAUUUGACGCGUCUAAAUAAAAGACUUAGUGAUUUAAAAUUAACUUCUUGUAAUCAAUGUGCACAUUUAAGAAAUAUGAAUGAAAGUUACAGAACUUUGAAACUUGAAACAAAAAUUCUAAAUCAAAAGUUAAAAGAUUUACAAAGAAAAUACGAUCGUAAGUGUAUGGACACUGAUAUUCUAAAAAAUAAAGUAAAUCAGGAGUUGAAUUCAAGUGAACAUGAUCUAUCUUCAAAUGUUAUUUUUGUUGAUGAAAUGAAUGUCAGUUUUGUUGAAAAAAAGAUUCAAAAUUUGAAUGACGAGCUACAAACUUUAAAAACCGAACAUGAUAAACUCUUGAUUCUGUAUGAAAAUAAGUAUACUGACUCAAAAUUACUUCAAAGCGAUAUGACUGUAAAUGCAUCCAAUAUUCAAGAGUCUCAAUCAAAGAAAAACAAAAGUGAAAAUAGAAUAGAACAAAUUCAAAAUUAUAUUGAUCAUAUAAGAAAUGAUAUAGAUAAAAUAAAAGAAAAUAGUAUAAAUUUUACUGCUAUACUUAAUGAAUUUAAAUCUGAGAAAAUUAAUUUGUUAGAUGAAAUUAAUAAUCUAAAAGAUGUUAAUGGAGAAUUGGAACAAAAAAUAUUAAAUAACGAGAGCACAGCAAUAACUAAAAUACAAAUUCUUGAAAAUGAAUUGAUUAAUAUGAAUAAAGAAAUUGAUCGAUUUACUACACAAGAAAAAAAAUUGGAAACACAAAGAAUUAUGUUAGAAGUAGAAUUGGAAGGUUUAAAAGUCGAAGAAGAGAAGAAAAAUAUUUUGAUUAAUGAAUUAAAUGAACAUAUUUUUUCUCUCAAAAAUGAAUUAGAUUUAAUUACAAGCCAGAAAAAUGAGUUAAUUAAUUCAACUACAAUUAAAUGCAAAGAAGAAGAGUUAAAAUAUUUAAAAGAACAAUGUGAGAAAUUUGAAAAAGAAAAAUUACAAAAUAAAGAAUUGGAACAUCAUAAUAUACUAAAGAUUAAAGAAUUAGAAAUAUGUGUAAACGAUCUUCAAAGAAAUAUAACAAAUCAAGAAAACAUCUCUAAAGAAUAUCAAGAAAAAAAUAUUAAUUUUGAAAAACUUUUGCAAGAAAAAGAGGAAGAAAAACAUAAUCUGAUAGAAAAAUUACAAACAAGUGAAACAGAAAUAAUUGACAUGAAGAAUAAUUUAGAAAUGAAAUAUAAAAAUGAAUUAGAUUCAAUGGUCCUGCAAUAUCAACAGUAUAUCAAAGAAAAUGAUAACAAUAUAAAAAAAUUAAAUGACACAUUAAAUAAAUAUAUUGAUGAAAAUUUGAAUUUAACACAAGAGCUCACUAGUCUACAAAAUAUCAAAGAAAAAUUAAAUGAAAUAACAAUAGAAAAAGAACAUUUAUUUGAUGAACAAAAAAAAUUGAUUAAUGAUAAGGAACAAUUUUAUGAGGAAUUAAAUGAUGUUAAAAAAUGUAUAAUUAAAGAACUCAGUUCACUUAAAUGUAAUAUAAAUUUACCAAAUUUUUCAAAUAAAUCUGCAAAUGAAAUUUUUGUAAUUUUCUUACAAACGCUUUUAUCUAAAGAAGAAGAAGUAAUUAAAACUGUACGAGAAACAUAUGAAAAGGAAAAACAAAAAGUAGAAGAAGAAAAACAACAAUGUAUAGAUACAGAAAGACGUACUGUUAUGUGGGCCAAAGAAUUAGAAGCAGAAAUUGAAAAACUUCAAACAGAUUUAACAGAAGAAGAACGUUCUCAUAAAGAAUAUCAAAAUAAAAUAUUUCAAUUAGAACAUUUUCUAAAAGAAAGUAAUCAUGAAAAUGAAAUGUUGAAAGAAAAAAUGAAGACAUUAGAAACAGAUUUUAUAUAUUUACAAGCAGAAUUUGAUAAACAACAUAAAGUUGACAAUCAACAGGAAGAGGCAAUUUUUGAGGCUCAGAAAAGGGAAAAAGAAGCACAAGAAAUGUUUAAAAAUAAAGAAGUAGAAUUACAGUUGAAACUUAAAUCUGAAAAAGAAAUGUAUGAAAAAAAAAUAAAUAAUUUCAUUCAAACUAUAGAAUGUUACAAAACAAAAAAUUUUGAAUUAAAUAACACUGUUGAAGGACUUGAAAUAAAUGAAAAACAAUUGAAAAAUAUCAUAGAAGCAAAUUCGUCUGAAAUAAAAAAGAAAAAUGAAAAUAUAGAAAAAAUAAAUGCAGAAUUUGAACAACUUACACAAGUUUAUAAUGAAAUAAAUCAAGAGAUGAGACAAAAGAAUUCGCAUAUUGAAGAAAUCACAACAAUUUUAAAAAACAAAUGUGAUUUGUUAUCUGAAUAUAAAAUAAAACUUGAAACAAUUUUACCUGAAUAUGAAAUGUUAAAGGAGCAUAUUAAAGAUCAAAAAUUGACCAUAGAACAAUAUAAAGAAGAAAUAGAAGUACUAAGAAAAGAAAGAGAAGAGCAAUUGGAAAUUAUCAAAGAUAAAAUGAAUAUGGAAGAAAUAAAAAAUGCUAGCUUAAGUAAACACUUAAAUGAAUUGAAUAAUAAGAAUAUUUCAAUAAUAGAAGAAUUGAAUAAUUUGAAAGAAAGAUUCAAAGAACUUCAAGAAACAAAUAUAAAGUUAGAGAGAAAAAUUAGAAAUAGUACCAGCAAAAUUAAAGCAGAAGCGGAAAUAGAAGAAUUAAAAGAAUUAAAUAAAAGAUUGCAGAACAAUUUGGAAGGCGCAAGUAAUCGCGUCGCGGAAUUUCAAGAAAUUAAAAAUCAGACUUUAAAAGAUUUGAUUGAUGUUAAAAGUAAAUAUGAACUUAUAUUACAAGAAAAUAAUGAAUUGAAGAAAACGUUUUCAUUAUACAAUUUGAAACACAUAACUUCAAAUUCAUUAAUAGACGAAAGUAAAUAUGAUGCACUUCUUUUAGAGAAGAAUAAAAUUGCAUUAGAAUUGGAAGAUAAAAAGAUAUUAUUAAAUCAAAAAGAUAAAGAUAUAAAAGAACAUGUCACACAAGUACAAAAAUUAAUUGAUAAAAAUAAAGAAUUGGAUGAUGAAUUAGAAGAAUAUGCAGCAGUAAUUAGAGAACGAGAUAUUGAAAUUUCAAAAUUAGAAGAAAAAUUAUAUUCUCGUUUUUCUGAAAAUGUUCUUAUUAAUGAAUUAGAAGAGAAAUUAAAAUAUUGUAAUGAAGAAAAUGAAAAACUUCGUGAUCAAGUUGAUGCGCUUAGAAUGAGAUUACAAAUGAAUGUAGAAGAAAGUAUCAAAUCACAAAAUGAAAAUAUUGUUCGCGACUUAACAAAGCAAAAUUUGGAAUUGCAAACAAAAUUAAGUUUUUAUAAGAAACAGAUAGAUGAUAAUAAAUUUAAAGAAAUACAUAUGGAACAAUUACAAAAUUUGAAUAAAAAAUUACAGAAUGAUUUAAGAGAUGCAAACCAUCGUAUAAAAGAACUUGAAGAAGAAAAAAAUAAAAUAAUAAAAAAAUUAGAAGGACAUAAAUUAUUAUUGAGCCAAAAAGAUAAAGAAAUUAAAGAAUACAUAAAAAAAGUACAAGAUUUAACAAUAAAAAAUAAGAGUUUAAUACAAAUACAAUACAAUAGAAAUGAGUUUGAUAAUGAAAUGGAAUCCAUUCAUAGUCGAGAAAUUUCAAAUUUAUCUAAUUUAGAUUUACAUUCAACAAAAGAUGAAUCAAAUAAUGAUAUAAAACAAAAAUUAGAAUUUUUCAUACUAGAGAAUAGAAAACUUAAAGAUGAAAUUAGGAAACUUCAAACGAAAUUAAGAAUCGAAGUACAUGAAAAUAGCAUACUCAAAGAUAAUAAAAAGAAUCAAUAUAAAACUAAUAUAUCUGAUAGAGACGUUGGAAUAUACGAGAAUAAAUAUGAAGAAUUAAAGAAAAAAAUUCAUGAAUUAGAAUUACAAUUAGUAUCAAAAAAUGGAAAAAUUGCAACAUUAGAAAUACAAAUUCAAAGUGAGAAUUUUCCAUAUCAAAGAAAAUGUAAAGAGUUAGAAGAACUUGUACUUGCGUUUCGUAAUAAGAAUGCAGAAUUAAAUAAUGAAGUAAAGAAAUUACAAAGGACUGUGAAUGAUAUUAAUGCAUGGGAAUGUGACAUUUGUAGACGAUGGCGUAUAAAUAGAAAAGAUCAAGCUUGUCAAACAAUACCUAAUAACACUGUGCGUUUUUGUGGUUCUAAUAGUGGAGUUGUCGAGGAUCAUGUGAAAAUAGAAAAAUUAGAAAAAGAAAAAAUGUUAAUGAAAGACUUAUGCCGCUCUCGAGCUCGACAAAUAAGAGAAUUGCAGGAUCGUUUAAAAGAACUAGAAGAAAUACAAAGUUCGUUUUCUUUAAAGCCACAUGAAGUAUUGCAAGAUAGAUCUAAUCAACAGAAUAGCAGUGUUACAAAAUUGAACAGACAUUUGGAUAGAAAAAAUCCAUAAAUUAAUUUUCGUUUUUAAGGAUAAGGAUGUGCAUUAAAUGUAUUUUAAUCAACGACCAACAAGUAAAAAGUAUAAUUUUUUAUUCUCUUUCUGUACUAUAUGUAUAUAUUAAAACUGUAAAUAACAGUGACUGAAUUGAGAAUUAUACAUAUCAUAUCUUUAAUUUUGUAA